UAUGUGGUGGGUUAGCAGGGGGAGGGAUGCGGCUGGACUGGAUGCAGCUAUCAGGAAGUGGAUGCAGGAAUGUGCAGUGAGGGAGCCGGUGCUGGUUACACAGGAAGAGAGGAGACAUCUGACUAUAGAAUAUAUAAGGUGUGUGAUGUCCUUCUCAAGAGGAGGCAGGUGUGAUGUCCUCAUUGCAGACUGUGCAGAUCCUCCUGGGGUCCAGAUGUUACAGCGUGCCCCGGGACCAGCUGGUAGCCCAGAGCGGCUUCUUCCAAGCUCUCUUCCGCUCAGGGAUGCGUGAGAGCAGCGGCGAAGUGGUCACUUUACAUGGCCUCAGCCGUGAAGGUUUGGAAGGCGUCCUGCGCCACAUCACCGGCGGCACUCUUCAAGAGAGCGGCCCCAAAGAGGAGUCACGAUGUGGACUCAAGGCGCUCACCACGGAUUGUCGUCCGGAUGAAGAGGAUCCAGACUUUGGCCACCUGGACGUAGCGCAAGGUCCCCUGCAGGCGCUGGUGGAAGCGGCCUGCUACCUGCAGGUCCAAGGCCUCCUGUCUCUCCUGCAGUCCUCGUUGUCACCAGACACCUGCCUGGAGCUCUUGGAUGUGUCCCAGUUACAUGGUCAGUGGGACCUGGCCGCUGCGUGUCUCCGUUACGUGGCCACUCAUUACCAUGCCAUGUUGCAGAGGCUGGAUUUCCAGGACAGCCCAGAAUCCCUUAAGGACCGCGUCUUGCAGGAGAGACUCCGAGGGGUGCCCGCCCUGCUGGUUCUCUCUCAGCAAGGGCCAGACUCUUGGGUGCUCCUGCGUUACCUGGAGGGUGGAGGCAGCUGGCAGGUACUACCCGGAGAGGUCCCGCAGAGUAUGCUGAGGGUGCAGGGUUACGGGGCAGCCAUAUUAAAUAACUAUCUCUUUGUGGCUGGAGGCACCCGGGAGAACGGGCAGGAGGUCAGUGCUGUCCACUCCUAUAACCCAAGCACUGGAAGCUGGACCGAGGAGCCCGCCAUGAACCAGAAAAGGUGUAACUUCCGCCUGCUCGCCGUGGGCGGGGCUCUCUACGCUGUUGGCGGCCAAUCUUUACAGACCAUGGAGUCUUUCAACCCUGCGCAGAAUACGUGGACCCUUGUGGCCCCUCUCCCAGACACGUUAGUGGAGUUCUCGGCUUGCGAAAGCCUGGGGAAGAUAUUUGUGAUCGGAGGUUACACCCCGCGGGGUCGCAAUCUGAGCGUGCUGCGUUACUGCCCCCUGGCCGACGAGUGGUCCAUCUUCGACAUCUGCCGGCAGCACGUGAGGAAGCAGCAGAUGGUGUCCAUCGAGGAGACCUUGUUUUUGGUGGGAGGCUUCGUAAGAGACAGUCAGUCCGGACAGAGCGAGGACUCUCUCAGCCUGCACUCUUAUGACACCAGGACCAGGGAGUGGAACUGCCUGAAGGUCAAUACAUCCAAAUCCGGCCUCAGCGUCAGCUGCGCCCUACACAACGACGGCAUUUACAUCCUGAGCCGCGACAUCAGCCAUAGCACCGUAGGGAGGCACCGCGUGUUCCUGAAGUACUGUGUGUUCACGGGGGUCUGCGAGUACGUCCGUGGCCCCCCGUCUGUGGGUUAUAACAUGCAGCUGUUCUCCAUGUACCUACCUCACUCGCUAUAACAGAGUAGGGUGGUGAGAUUAAGGUGCGGAUGUAGACAGCGGCAGGUUAUAUGUAUUUAAAGGGAUACAAAAAAUGAAAUGUUCAUAUUGAAUAAAACACCCUAACAUCCUAAGCAACACACUUGUUAUGCCUGUCGCAAAACACUUCCAAAAGGUCAAAGAGGGAAGAUCCAUUAAAUCGUAAAAAAUAAAUAAAAUAAAAUGGUGUUGUUGCCUAUAGCAACCAAUUAGACUCCAACUAUCAUUUAUCAGAUGCAGGCUAGGAAAUAAUAGCUUGAGGGGAUUAACAGCAAAUAUUUUUCUUCCCCUGAAUGUAUGUAGGGUGGAUACCACCGUAGGUUUCUAUGAGCAUACAGUACUGACAGAUUUACCAGUUUCCACUACAGCACUGGUUCUCAUCUCGGUCCUCAGGACCCCAAGCAGAUCAUGUCUUCCAGGUCUCCUCAUAGAAUCGCCAGUGCAGUGGCGCACACAGGGGGGGUUCCGAGUAACUGGAACCCCCUACGACGAGCCAAACUUUUUAUUUUUGAGAUGGAGACAGCAGUGUGUGUGUGUGUGUGUGUGUGUAUAUAUAUAUAUAUAUAUAUACACACAUACAGUAUACGUAUAUACAUACAUACUCACACAGAAACGGGUGGCACUUCAUAUGCCGGCUGUCAGGAACCCGACACCCAACAUACCGACAACUAUUUUCCCUCUUGGGGCGUCCACGACACCCCUGGAGGGAGAAUAAAUCGCGUGGCGCACGUAGCGUGCCACCGUGCUCACAGCGUGGAAAGCGCAGUGAGCCCACAAGCGGCUCUUUUGCGCUCGCCCCGCUGCCGGCAUACCAGCGGCCUGGGAUCCCGAGCGCCAGUAUGCCCUAGUAGACCCCGCGGAAACCCCCCUGACUACAUCCUGCAUUUGCCCCUGCAGUGAAAUGAUUAGUUCCACCUGUGAAUCUUUUAGAACGUGUCAGCGAGCAAUGACCACGCCUGGGCAACUGCCGGGUGACCUGGAAAACGUCAGCUGAGGAACGAGUUUGAGAACCACUGCUCCACGGAAUAUGCUGCCGCUAUAUAAAUUGAUAAUGAAAUGUGAAUACGUUUAUGUGUUCUGUGUUUCAGUUCAUCCGGAGUCGGUCGCAGGCGGGGAUACGCCCAUUGUGCCGCUCUUUUUAAACAUUACGUUCCCACAAGUUUUUUUGGGUUUUUUUCUCAACGGAGAACCCAGAGCGUAUGAUGUAAUAUUACAUGUAGAGGACGAAUGUUCACAUUAAAUCAUGAGUUAUUUUUUUUUUUUUUUUUACAUGAACUGAUCUGAAUUUAUUAUUGAAGGACAAUAAAUAAGUCUUUUAG